AGGAGCCUGGUGGGCUACAGUCCAUAGGGGCGCAAAGAGUCGGACAGGGCGGAAGCAACUUAGCAUGUGUGUCCUAUGAACAAGUGUGGGUCCACUGGUGUGCGCUCCCUGAGCAGGUGUGUGUCCCACGGCCAGGUGCGUCUCCACUAGGCAGGACCCUCCUUUGGGACAGAGCAGAUGCUCUGCUGUCCUAGCUCUCAGAGGAAAACCUCUGUGAGCAUGCUUUAGUGUGAAGCCUGCGUCUUUCUGGUCAGACUGCUGUGUGAUGUGACUACUAGGAAGCUUCUGUUUUUAGGGUCACGGCCACUGGGCAGCAGCUCUUCUGCUGCGGUCAGGUGGGCAGGACCCCAUGAAUGUCUCACUGAUGUUCUCACUUUGUAAUGCAAAUUCAGUCAUUCCCCUAAAGUUUCAGUAGGCUUGGAUAAAUUAUUUGUAUGCUUAGUGUUUCCAUAGCAGACUAAUCUGUUGUUUGUUUGUUUUCGUCUGUACCACAUGGCCCACGGGAUUUUAAUUCCCUGACCAGGGAUUGAACCCGUGCUCCCUGCAGUGGGAGGGUGGAGUCCUAACCACUGGCCCCCCCAGGGAAGACCCUGACUAAUCUAUUUUUGAUUAUCAUUCCUUUAGAUUCCUCUUCUUUUUAGCAUACAGGUAGCUUUUUUCCCUAAUGAAAAUUGUAUUUUCUUACAACAGAUUCUCUGUAAAAUACAUAACUGAUUUUUAAGCUGCUCUGAUUGAAUAAUAAUUUAUUUUAGAACUUCCCAUAUGAGUUGAAAUUAUUUUAGAAAUGCAAACCCUGUGAGGUAGUUGCUGCUUCUGUAAACGGCUCUGGCGUUUCCCCCUUUUCGGUUUUCUUCCUGAUUCUUAGAGGAUAUGCUUCACUGGUGAAUAAAGAGAUUUAUUAUUCAUACAGGAAGUCAGGUAAUGAAACCUGCAUCUUCCUAAUUUGAAUACAGGGUCCUUAGGUGCCUGAGUACCUCCCUCCACCCCACCACCAUCCCCUGCACAUGCCCAGGAGCUCCUCGUGGACUCAGGCAUGAAGCCGAUGUUUUGCACUCAGAUGAUUGAUUUCCUGACUUGACAUGUGUUCCAGUUCCUCCCUCAGUGUCUGGUUAACCUGAGUGUGAUGCCAGCUGUGGGGUGAAGCCAACCUGGAUGGUCUGUCUGUUCUCCUCCCCUCCUCGCAUGCCCUGGAGGAAGAGCAGACUGGGUGAUGACUGCCCUUGGGGGGCCCCCAUGCACCCAGGGUCAAACACCCCAGUAUCAGCUGUGAGUGUGGGGACCCCCCCCACAUGGCCAGUUCUGGCCACUCCCCCUCCUCCUCAGGGUCCAUCCUUGGGGUCAGGUCCCACUGGUCUCACGAUUGAAGUAGCCUGUUUACUUUUGGUCUUGAGGUGGGGUGGGGGCUGGCGGGAACAGUGGCCAGUGGACUGUCGAGAGAUAUGAGGGAGCAAAAGACUUGGACUCUCCCUGGCCUUGUUCUCCUGGCGUGAGGACUGCAGCCAUCUGCAGGUGAGCCCAGGUGACGUUGGGAAAUGUGUUGGAAGUCCAGGGAAAGCUGUUCCACCACGAAGUGUCCCGCACCCUCCCCUCCCUCGCCUGCCCUCUGUCUGCUCCCCGUGGGAAAGGUGGACGAUGUCCCCACCUCUGACCAGCUGUGAAAGGGUGAGUUUAAAAGGAAGAUCUAUCUUCCUUGGGGGGUUUCACGCAGUGAUGACGGCCCCAGAAUUCGUGUAUUGAGGUCCUCGCCCCCAGCACCUCAGAACCUGACCUGGUUGGGCUGGGACUUGUACUGAAGUGGGAGGGGCCUUGUCCAAUAUGACCAUGUCCUCAUGGGGGAUGUUGGGACCGACACGCGCAGUGACACUGUACAGGUUGGGGGAUGACGCCGCACAGGCCAAGGACACUGAGGGUUGCUGGUCAGCAGCAAAGGCCAGGACAUCCCCUGCGUGGUUUUCAGAGGGAGCCCUGCCCACGCCACGGCCUCGGGCUGUGGCCUCCUGACAGGGCAGCACUGAAGUGCUUUUAUCUUGGCCACACAUUCCGGUGGCCUCAGAAACUUUGGGGGCAGCAGAGAGCUGGGAAACAGAACCAGGGGGAGCAGCACGGUGGAGUCCAACUUGAGAAAUGAUUCGGGUGCUCGGGAUAACAGAGGGGGUUCUUGUCACCUUGGGUCCCUUCUCCACUGGACACCUUCCUGGGGAGCUGAGGUAGUCAGGGGCCUCCUCCCUCUGCAGCUGGGUUGGACUGGCCUGUGGGCAUCCAGCCUUGGCCCUUCCUGCCCCGCGGGCUGGACCAUGUAGGAUGUUAAAGAUGCUUCUUCUUCAAGGGUGGGGGUGAAGGUGCACCUGGUUCUCUUCACCUAGACUUUCUGUUUGGGUAAAAAAGUCUCUUUGACUUCGGAUGGGCCUUCUCUUCCUUUCUGGAAUAUUUGCUUGGUUGGAGGGUCAGCUGCAGCGUGUACAGCGCUGUGUGCAGGAGGACGGAGCUGGCUCAGGUGCCGCCCUCAGGUGCCCUGUGCCCAGCGGCCUCCCUCUGCACACUCUUUAGCCCUUGGUGCGUGUGUGACUAUGCGGGUAACCCUUCCGUUCUCACCCCACAGAGUCCAUAGAGGAGGCCACCCCAGAAUCCCAGAUGAACAACCGGAAGGAAGAUAUGGAAAUCGCGUCCCACUACCGACACCUGCUGCGCGAGCUGAAUGAGCAGAGGCAGCACGGAGUGCUGUGUGACGUGUGUGUGGUGGUGGAGGGCAAGGUUUUCAAAGCCCACAAGAACGUCCUGCUCGGCAGCAGCCGCUACUUCAAGACGCUCUACUGCCAGGUGCAGAAGACCUCUGAGCAGGCCACGGUCACGCACCUGGACAUCGUCACAGCCCAGGGCUUCAAGGCCAUCAUCGACUUCAUGUACUCUGCCCACCUGGCUCUCACCAGCAGGAACGUCAUCGAGGUGAUGUCCGCGGCCAGCUUCCUGCAGAUGACGGACAUCGUGCAGGCCUGCCAUGACUUCAUCAAGGCCGCGCUGGACAUCAGCAUCAAGCCAGACGCCUCGGAUGAGCUCGAGGCGUUUGAGGUGGGCGCCCCGCCCGGUGGUGGUGCGGACGCCCUCAUCUCUGCUGUAAUGGCUGGGAGGAGCAUCUCCCCUUGGCUGGCCCGGCGCACGAGCCCCGCCAACUCCUCCGGGGACUCAGCCAUUGCCAGCUGCCAUGAGGGCGGGAGCAGCUACGGGAAGGAGGAUCAGGAGCCCAAGGCCGAAGGCCCUGACGACCUUGCCUCACAGCCACUGUGGCCUGGCGACGUGGGCUGUGGGCCCCUGCACGUCAAGGAGGAGCCGCUCUCACCAGCCCACUAUGGGGGCAGCGAGCCGCCUUCUGCCAUGGAUGGCACCAUCCAGAACUCCUUCUCGGAGCAGACUGCCGGGGAUGGCUGGCAGCCCACGGGCCGGAGGAAGAAUCGGAAAAACAAAGACACAGUCCGACACAUCACACAGCAGGUAGAGGAGGACAGCCAGGCCGGCUCCCCACUGCCAUCUUUCCUCCCGACAUCCGGGUGGCCAUUCAGCAGCCGUGACUCAAACUCGGACUUGACCAUCGCUGAAGCCAGCAGCUCGGACAGCCGAGGGGAGAGGCCAGAGUUCCUCGCGCAUGUGGACGAGGGGCUCCUGGGAGGAGAAGGCAGCUACCUAGGCGCGCCCCUCACCCCCGAGAAGGACGACGCGUUACAUCAGGCUACCGCCGUGGCCAACCUGCGGGCGGCGCUCAUGAGUAAGAACAGCCUGCUGGCCCUGAAGGCGGACGUGCUCGGGGAAGACAGCUCCCUGCUGCUGGAGUACCUGCCCAAGGGCGCCCAUUCCCUGUCCCUGAACGAGUUCACGGUCAUCAGGAAGAAGUUCCGCUGCCCCUACUGCAGCUUCUCGGCCAUGCACCAGUGCAUCCUCAAGCGGCACAUGCGCUCGCACACUGGCGAGCGGCCCUACCCCUGUGAGAUCUGCGGGAAGAAGUUCACUAGGCGCGAGCACAUGAAGCGGCACACGCUGGUGCACAGCAAGGACAAGAAGUACGUGUGCAAGCUGUGCAGCCGUGUGUUCAUGUCGGCCGCCAGCGUGGGCAUCAAGCAUGGCUCGCGGCGCCAUGGCGUGUGUGCCGACUGCGCAGGUGGCGGCGGGGCCGGGUCCCUGGAUGGUGGCGGCGCAGAGGGCUCCCCCGAGCUGUUCGCAGGCGACGGGCCAUACCUGGAGGACCCUGAGGACCCACGCGGUGAGGGCGAGGAGGAGCUGGGCGAGGACGAGGAUGACGUGGGCCUAGCCCCCGAGGACACGCUGCUGGGGGACAAGGAGGACGACGACUCGCCACGGGGGCCCCACAGCCCCACGGGGGGCGCGGACAAGGACUUCGCCUGGAUCUCCUAGGCCAGGCGAACAAUGGGCUGCGGCCACCCUCACCUGUGUGUGCCCCGGGCCCCUUCUCCUGCUGCCCCCAAGCCCUCGUGGAGAGCAACCUGGGGCUCUGAGGCGGCCGCUGCCCCAGCUAGCAGGGCUGGGGUCACACACAGGGUGGAGGCGCAGAGUGGGUUUGAGCCUUGAGAGAGCCCUUAGCAUCUCCUCCAGCUGGGGCGCGUGGCGGGCCUCAGGGGAGCCCAGGAGGCUGGCGGCCAGGAAGGGGCCAGUGCUGGCCAGGGCCUCCUCUGUGGCCCUGAGGCCCGGGUCCGGGGGCUGUUAGGAGAGUUCCACUGACCCCGGCCAUCCAGGGCUGAGUCCCCCCAACCCCUUGUCAGCUGCAGAGGGACUGCUGGCGGCUCGAGGGCUGUGCCUGCGGUAGCAGCCUGUGGGAUCCAGGUCGGGCGUCCACAAAGGCCUGCAGCCCUCCCCCUUCUGGGCUUUGGUGCUCAACAUACAGCAGCUGCCGACCUCGGCCAGGGCGCCCAGGUGCUAUCUCCCCACGGAGGCAGCCGGGCGGGCAGGCCCAGGUGCUCCCACUGCAGGCGCCUCCUCUUUCUCCGUGUGCACUUCUCUGAGGGCCGGGCCGGCCUGCCCCUCAGCCCCGCCGUCCUGCUGCGCCUAGGCCACUCCUGCUGACCCUCCCGGGCGGCUUGCCUUCCUUGCUGCUAACGCCGGAGGGUGUCCCUGACGCCCGUGCUGCUCAUGCCGCCCGUGGGGGCCACCCCACUCCCCAGGUGCUCUGGGCUCCAGUUCCGUGAGUCGCUAAGGGAACUGAGGCCGGCACGUGAAAUGGUUUUGUUCGGCAUUAUCUUCAGAGUUGUCUUUCCUUUGGCUUCUUCCUGAGCCUUGCCAUCUUGUAAACGAACUCAUCCACCCUCCUCUCUCUUUUCUAAGGGGCUGGGGUCCCACCUUGUGCCGUGAGGACGCUGCCCGCUGCCCGUCCCCAUCAGGCUGCCAGUCCAGCACCAGCCUGUCUUCCUUAAGGCUCGUGACACAUGCAUUCCGUCCCCUGCACCCACCUCUCUCGGGAGCCCCUGUGGGACCCCAAGUCAGGGCCCUGAGGUGCUGAGCUGGGGCUGGAGGAAAGCUGGACUGGGUUUUCUCUCUUCCCUUAGCCUGCACCGCAUGGCUUCCCUGUGUUCCUGCCAGGUUCCCGCUCCUCUUUCUAGAUGGAGAAAGGCAAAUUCCACCAACCCCUCCCAGGUGGCUGCUGUAGGGGUGGCGGGGGGCAGUCAGGGCUGGCUGCAGGCACCUGGAUGGUGCUGUCCUUGAAUUCCUGCCCAGGGGAGAAGUCACAGCUUCAUGUUUUGUUUUGUUUUAAACACCAUCAGCCACGUUUUUCUCAGAAGAGGACUGCUCCCAUCCUCAGCUGUCGGCAUCCUUGAGGGAAGGGCCGGCCGGUGGGGGCAGGAGCCCAGGGUGAGGGGGCUCUGGGGCCCGCGCCCCCUUCUGCCUUUCAUAGUGGGGCCUGUCUGAGCCACUCAGCGGGGCUCCCCAUUGUGUACCUUUCCCCCACUUUCUAACCCCUUUUAUAAACAAGACUUACUUUCUAUCAGAUGCAUUUGGAAACCAGACCUUUGCUACCAAGCAUCUCUGGGUUUUGUACAGGGCCACCUCUGCGCCACUCUCAGGGCCUGCCCACUCCCACUCUGGACCACCCUGGCUGACCCCUCUGGGGCCCUCGGUGCCACAGGGGUGUUUUCUCCCUCAAAACGAUACUUCAUUGGGAAAUUCACCUCCUGCCCCUGAGCCCCCUUGUUAAUUCUCGCGUAAGCUGGAUUUCAGAGAUGGAGGCAAACAUGAAGGGAAAGACAUGUAAUGAAGAUUUUUUUCUUUUAAUCGUGGUCUUUUUUUUUUCCAAAGCAAUGUUUAAUAAAUAUUUUUUUAUGAAGCGGAAAGCGUGUAGAUCACAUCUCACAUUUUUGUACCUUCCCGUGUAUGCGUCUGUGUUCGGCAUCUGCAUCACCAACGUGGAAGGUGGGCCAUCAGGCGGCUCGUUCUUUGGGGUAGGGGAGGGGCGGGGAACCAAGAUUUUGUAUCAAGCUCUGGAUCCUGACGGGGUUGUAUGUUUGGACUCUGGGUUUGGGAAUAGUCACAACACUGCCAGGACUGGAUAGGGACCUCGAUUGAAAGGACACAGCUACUGCUUCCAACUUUGCACAUCUUCCUUUUUAGAAGAGAACUCUUGAGAAAAUGCAAAAACUGGAACUUUUUGCAAUAUUAUAUGAAAGAUAAUCUUAUUUUCGCUCAUUCUGUGACAUGUGCAACUCUUAAGAAAGCCAUACUUAAUGGUGUUUUUAUUUUUAGAUCCUAUAUUGUGUUUUGUACCCGGCCCUUUUUAGAACUCCUUGUAGUGAGGGCGCUGUGUGUGUGCUUUUCUUAAAUAUUUAUUUUUUCAACACGCUUUCAACCUGUCAACAAAAACAAAACAGACAAAAAAAGGGCAGUGUUUGAAGAUUGUUGAUUUUUUUUCUGGGGAUAAUCUAUAUUAUAUCGACUUUAUAUUAAUGACUAUAAACCUGUGUUUGUAUUGGAAACGUGUUUCACAUUUGUGGGGGGUCUUUUGUAAUCGGUCGGUGGAACAUCAGGGCUGUUGCCUGUUUCCCUGGAGCCAUCGAUGCCAACAGCACCUCCUCCCUAGUGGUCUUGAGAUUUCUUAUCUGCUGGGUGCGCUCUGGGACCCCUGUGGGUCUCAUCUCUGUGACGGGAUUAGUUAGAUAUUCUUGCAAAGCGAUCACUUUCAAUAAAUCGGGAAAUUGCUGCUUGA